AAAAAAAAUCAUAACAAAAUCCAUUUUGGUUACACCGACCAGAUGAAAGAAUUGGGAUGCUUGGUAGCUUCCGGGCAAGAGAGGGUAUAGGGCGAGUUAUGAGGCUUUUGUCUCUCGAUAGUGGCAAAUUGGCAAUAACUCGCAACGCCAGACACAAAAAACUAGAAUCGUAGAAAAUGCGUAAAGUAGCAAAAACAGUGUUUGGGGAUCUUGCAUCUCUCCAUCAUCAUCUUCAUUUCAAUUUACGCUAUCGCAAUUCAGAUCCGAAUCAAACCAUAACCAGAUCCCGUGAUCUUUCCACCUUCUAACUUUCUUCUUUUUAUUAAAAAAUCAAAAUCCCCCGAAUUAAAUAUAAAUAAAUAAUAUUAAUUACUUUUCUUUUAUUUUCUUCAAUUUCUCCUCUUCUUCUUCCCUCGCAAUUUCAACCGUCACAGAUUCACAAUGUCUCUGCGAUUCAACAAUCGAAGAAUAACCGUUCUCGCUCUUCAUCUCCUCCUUCUCCUCUGCUUCCUCUUUCAAACCUUCGCUCAGGAUUCUCUGGCUCACAAUGAGAGGCAAGAAUCCGGUGGAUCUGUGGAUCUCGGUCGCCGCGCCAAAGUUGCGUUGAAUGAUAUAGAGAAUGGUUCGGUUCUUUCUCUUAGCUUGGAUUCCUCUGGCGUUGGACUCUUCGAUGCUUUCUUUGCUAGUUUAUCAAUGAUCCUCGUCAGUGAGAUUGGGGAUGAGACAUUUAUAAUAGCAGCUCUUAUGGCUAUGCGCCACCCUAAGUCAAUUGUCUUGUCUGGAGCACUCACUGCCUUGAUUAUAAUGACUGUACUUUCUACAGGACUAGGAAGGAUUGUGCCAAAUUUGAUUUCAAAGAAGCAUACAAAUAGUGCUGCUACAGUUCUUUAUCUUUUCUUUGGGUUACGACUGCUGUACAUUGCUUGGAGAUCAGAUCCAAAAUCUUCACAGAAGAAAGAAAUGGAAGAAGUUGAAGAAAAACUUGAAAGUGGACAAGGGAAAACUUCGUAUAGGCGGUUCUUUUCAAGAUUUUGUACACCCAUAUUUUUGGAGUCUUUUAUUUUAACAUUCCUUGCUGAGUGGGGCGACCGAAGCCAGAUUGCUACAAUUGCACUGGCAACACACAAAAACGCACUCGGAGUAGCAACUGGGGCCACUAUCGGACACACAAUCUGUACUUCAGUGGCCGUGGUUGGAGGAAGCAUGCUGGCAUCUAGGAUUUCUCAACGCUCUGUAGCCACAGUUGGUGGCUUGCUCUUCCUCGGCUUUUCUUUGUCUUCAUACUUCUACCCUCCUCUAGAUUAAUACAAGUGCUGAUUAAUCUUAUUCAUAAUGGCUUGUUUAUGCUCCUUUUUACCUUGCUUUUUUCACUUGAUGGUUGUCCAAUGUAAUAGAAUUUGUUUAAUCUGUUGUAUGUAGUAUCUACUCCCUAGGAAAGCUUGAUCCUAACUGGAAUAUAAGAUUUUGUACCCCAUUCUUUUUUUGUAAAAUAUUUUGAAUAGACAGCCAUUGUUAUUGCAUUAUCAUUAUUUUUGAA